CAGCAGGCCCGGGCCCAUUAAGGAGCAUAUUCCUUUGUCCGUCCGCAAUCAAUUUUCCUUCCCCACGAGUUGCCAGUCAUAUUCCGGUCUCCGUUGGACUCCCCAAUUCUUUCCUUCUUCUACUACUGCUUCGUUCAGUCCAAUCCGGUUCCCCGAUCACCGGAGCUCAUUCAGCUGGACGACGUUCGGCGGAAAAACAUGCCGGGGGAGACCGACUCUAUCGACUACGUCAUGGAGAAGGCAUCCGGCCCUCACUUCUCCGGCCUCCGCAUCGACGGCCUCCUCUCUUCUCCACCUGCUUCCUCCACUUCCUCCCCAGCUCAUCGCUCCUCCUCCGCCGCCGGUGCAUUCGCCGAAGCUGAUGUCCCCCCCACGCAGCCCUUCGUCAUCGGGGUUUGUGGAGGUACGGCUUCUGGGAAGACGACGGUGUGUGAUAUGAUUAUUCAGCAGCUACACGAUCACCGUGUUGUGCUUGUGAAUCAGGAUUCGUUCUAUCGUGGGUUGACGCCUGACGAAUUACUACGUGUUCAUGAGUAUAACUUUGAUCAUCCAGAUGCUUUUGACACUGAGCAGCUUUUGGACUGCCUUGAAAAGCUUAAAAGUGGUCUGCCUUAUCAAGUUCCUAUAUACGACUUCAAGAGCCAUCAACGUUGUUCCUCUAGCUUUAGACAGGUGAAUGCUUCUGAUGUGAUUAUUCUAGAGGGUAUCUUGGUGUUCCAUGAUCAACGUGUCCGCAACCUCAUGAAUAUGAAGAUUUUUGUUGAUACAGAUGCUGAUGUGAGACUUGCUCGUAGAAUACGCCGUGACACAGUGGAGAGGGGUAGGGAUAUAAACUCUGUUCUUGAGCAGUAUGCUAAAUUUGUGAAGCCCGCGUUUGAUGAUUUUGUGCUUCCUUCCAAGAAGUAUGCUGACGUGAUCAUACCUCGUGGAGGUGAUAAUCAUGUUGCCAUUGAUUUGAUAGUGCAGCAUAUCCAGACGAAGCUUGGUCUACAUGACCUCUGUAAAAUAUAUCCAAAUGUGUACGUCAUUCAAUCAACUUUUCAGAUUAGAGGCAUGCAUACAUUGAUUCGAGACCGAGAAAUAUCAAAGCAUGAUUUUGUUUUUUAUUCAGAUCGACUUAUUCGGCUGGUUGUGGAGCAUGGCCUUGGUCAUUUACCAUUCACAGAGAAGCAAGUUGUUACCCCAACUGGGUCAGUUUACACUGGGGUCGACUUCUGCAAAAAAUUAUGUGGAGUCUCUAUUAUUCGAAGCGGAGAAAGCAUGGAGAAUGCAUUGCGUGCGUGUUGCAAAGGAAUUAAAAUUGGAAAAAUUCUAAUUCACCGGGACGGAGACAAUGGAAAGCAGCUUAUAUAUGAGAAGCUUCCCAAGGACAUUUCUGAAAGACAUGUGCUGCUUCUGGACCCUGUUCUUGCUACUGGUAACUCAGCAAACCAAGCAAUAGAUCUACUCAUACAGAAAGGAGUUCCAGAAUCCCACAUCAUAUUCUUGAAUCUAAUCUCUGCUCCUGAAGGCAUCCAUUGCGUCUGCAAAAGGUUCCCAUCUCUCAAGAUAGUGACUUCUGAAAUCGACAUUGCCAUAAACGAUGAGUUCCGAGUCAUACCCGGGCUGGGGGAGUUUGGUGAUCGUUACUUUGGGACGGACGACUAAACGACUAACCAAUCAACCGCCUGGUUUCUGCCUCCGCUACUAUGCCUUCACAUCAGAAUAACGCACCGGGAAUGACAGCGAACGCACACAGGCAUUAGAAGGUUUCACUGUGCAAAUGUAAGAGUAGAAAAUGAUUGUUCUCUCUCUCUCUCUCUCGCUCUCGUUCUCAGUCAGUAGUACUCGAUAUUGGGCAGUUGCUUCCGUUGUUACGUAGGCUGGAACCUGUUGUGCAAGAUACAUAGAACCUACAAUUGGCAGAUCACACAUUUGCCCAGUGGUAGGAAUUACCAGCUAAUCCAAAACAUUAUAAAACCGACAAAAAAUAUUCCAAAG